AUGGAGGCGGCGGGAGGCGGCGGAGCCGCGGGCCCGGGCAGGGCCCGCCCGGGACAGCCCCAGCCACAACCCCAGCCACAACCACAGCCACAGCCACAGCCCAAGGGCCGGGACCUCUUCAGGAGCCAGCGCAAGGAGUCCGAGGGCUCCGUGGAUUGUCCCAACCUGGAAUUCGAGUACGGCGAUGCCGACGGCCACGGCGCUGAGCUGGCAGAGCUGUACAGCUACACCGAGGAGCCUGAGCUGAGCCACAACAGGAGAUGCUUCGAGGAGGAUUUUCACACUCAAGUGCCGGACAGGAGGUGGCUGGAGCUGGCCAGGGCUCAGCAGAAGGCCUAUGUCAUGCACCUGCUGGAUGGGCUGGAGGUGGUCAACAGGGACAAGAGGCUCAGAGUGGCACGGGCCAUCCUGUACCUGGCACAGGGUGUCUUUGGGGACUGUGAUAAUGAAGGUGAUGUCCUGCACUGGUCUCGGCACAACAGCUUCCUCCUGUACCAGCUGGGAACCUUCUCUGCCUUCCUGGAGCUCCUCAACAUGGAGAUUGAGAACAGCCAGGCGUGCAGCAGCGCCCUGCGGAAGCCAGCGAUCUCCCUGGCCGACAGCACGGAGCUCAGGGUCCUGCUCAGUGUCAUGUACCUGAUGGUGGAGAACAUCCGUGUGGAGCAGGAGACGGAUCCCCCCGAGUGGAAAACCUGCCGGGAGACCUUCAGGAUGGAGCUGAGUUUCCCUGUGCACACUGAGGAGCCCUUUGCUCUGCUGCUCUUCGCGAUGGUCACCAAGUUCUGCAGCGGCCACGCUCCACACUUCCCCAUGAAGAAGGUCCUGCUCCUGCUCUGGAAGGUGCUCCUGUUCACGCUGGGCGGGUUCGAGGCGCUGCAGGCCAUGAAGGUGCGGCGGCGGGAGGAGCUGGGGCUGCCGCCGCUGCCCGAGGACAGCAUCCAGGUGGUGCGGGGGAUGCGUGCGGCCUCGCCGCCCACCUGCGCCAUCGAGCUCGUGGAGCAGCAGCAGCAGCAGCAGCCGCAGCAGCCGAAGCGGAGCCACCGCAGCCGCAGGCCCCUGAUGAAGCAGGACAGUUUGGAUAUCUACAACGAGAGAGAUCCCUUCAAGAGCGACGAGGGAGGGGUCGAUGAAGAGGAGAACGACGAUGUGGAGGGCGGGAUGGAGGGCGAGCUGGAGCUGGUGGAGCGGGACGCGCUCGUCGCCGCCGUGCCGGCCCAGCGCCUGCCCAUCGAGAGGGUCUCCUUCCCCAAGGGGCUGCCCUGGGCCCCCAAAGUCAGACAGAAAGACAUCGAGCACUUCCUGGAAGCAAGCAGGAACAAAUUCAUCGGGUUCACGCUGGGACAGGACACUGAGACUCUGAUAGGGCUCCCGCGGCCGAUCCAUGAAAGUGUGAAGACCCUGAAGCAGCACAAGUACGUUUCCAUCUCGGAUGUCCAGAUCAAGAACGAGGAGGAGCUGGAGAAGUGCCCCAUGUCUCUGGGGGAAGAGGAAGUGCAAGAAACCCCUUGUGAGGUGUUGUAUCGAGCAAUGCUGUACAAUCUCCCCCAGUACAUGAUCGCUUUGCUGAAGAUCCUCCUGGCUGCUGCACCCACCUCCAAGGCCAAGACUGACUCCAUCAACAUCCUGGCAGACGUGUUGCCUGAAGAGAUGCCCAUCACCGUCCUGCAGAGCAUGAAGCUGGGCAUCGACGUGAACAGGCACAAGGAGAUCAUCGUCAAGAGCAUCUCGGCGCUGCUGCUGCUGCUCCUCAAGCACUUCAAGCUGAACCACAUCUACCAGUUUGAGUACGUGUCCCAACACCUGGUGUUCGCCAACUGCAUCCCCCUGAUCCUGAAAUUCUUCAACCAGAACAUCAUGUCUUACAUCACUGCCAAAAACAGCAUCUCUGUCCUGGAUUAUCCACAUUGCACAGUCUGUGACUUGCCUGAGCUCACAGCAGAAAGUCUGGAGGCUGGAGACAACAACCAGUUCUGCUGGAGGAAUUUGUUCUCCUGCAUUAACUUGCUGAGGAUCCUCAACAAGCUGACCAAGUGGAAACACUCGAGGACAAUGAUGCUGGUGGUGUUCAAAUCAGCCCCGAUCCUGAAGCGGGCUCUGAAGGUGAAGCAGGCCAUGAUGCAGCUCUACGUGCUCAAGCUGCUGAAGAUCCAGACCAAGUACCUGGGGCGCCAGUGGAGGAAGAGCAACAUGAAGACCAUGUCUGCCAUCUACCAGAAGGUGCGGCACCGCAUGAACGACGACUGGGCCUACGGCAACGACAUCGACGCCAGGCCGUGGGAUUUCCAGGCUGAGGAGUGCACGCUGAGGGCCAACAUCGAGGCCUUCAACAGCCGCAGGUACGACAAGCCGCAGGACUCGGAGUUCGCGCCGGUGGACAACUGCCUGCAGAGCGUGCUGGGCCAGCGCCUGGAGCUGCCCGAGGACUUCCACUACUCCUACGAGCUGUGGCUGGAGCGGGAGGUGUUUUCGCAGCCCAUCCGCUGGGAAGAGCUGCUGCACUGCCAGUGACAGCCCCGGCCCCGCCUGCGCCGCUCCCGCCGCCCUCAGGGCUGGGCUGGAUCUGGGGGUUUUUAGCACAGCAGGGGAAAAAAAUUUAACCUUUCCAAAGAGACCAGGUCUCUGUGUGCCCAGCAGACGCCUCUUUUUGGAGGUCAUCCUGUGACUCCUUGGAGACCAUACAGCACGGGUUGCAGAGCGAGCUCAGAGCCCCGGUGUGUCUCGGUGUAGGCUGGGGUAAGGUAAGGAUUCCCAGUGGGAAUUCCAUCCCUCCCGCACGCCCCACGCUCCUUUGUUUGGGUCUGUUCUGGCUGCUGGUGUGCUCCCAACACCACCCUGCCACCCCGGGCUGCCAGGAACUGGCAUGGCAUGGAGACAGCAUUCUGUGUUGUCCCUAGGCUGGCACUGCUGCUGCUGGGGUGGCACAGCCCAGCUCAGAGUGCUGUGCCACCAGGGCCAGGUCCUGCAUGUCCCCUGGACACCCACCCGUCACCUUUGCAGCUCUGCUCUCCUCCACCAGCCACUGCUGGGCUGGCACUGCUGCUGCUGGGGUGGCACAGCCCAGCUCAGAGUGUCACCAAGGCCAGGUCCUGCAUGUCCCCUGGACACCCACCCGUCACCUUUGCAGCUCUGCUCUCCUCCAGGCACUGCUGCUGCUGGGGUGGCACAUCCCAGCUCAGAGUGCUGUGUCACCAAGGCCAGGUCCUGCAUGUCCCCUGGACACCCAUCUGUCACCUUUGCAGCUCUGCUGUCCUCCACCUGGCACUGCUGCUGCUGGGGUGGCACAGCCCAGCUCAGAGUGUCACCAGGGCCAGGUCCUGCAUGUCCCCUGGACACCCAUCUGUCACCUUUGCAGCUCUGCUCUCCUCCCCCCUCGCUCACCUUCAUUGCAGCAGCCCUGUGCUGUGCAGGUCCCAGCUGUGGUGCUUGGAGAUCCCUGUUCUCUCUGAGUGUCAUUGGGAUUCCACAUCCCCUGCAGCCCUUCCAGCCCUGAGGGGACAGCAAGCACCGCGUAAAACAACCCAAGUUUUACACAGAUUUUUGCUUGUUUUGGGGGAAUGUCUGUGCCAGGCCUUAGGGUGGGGAGAGAAGGUGCUUUGGUGAACAAUUUAUGAGGAAAAGAGUGGAUUCUGUGGUCCAUAACUUUCAGAAUGAAUAGGAUAUGGAGCUGUAAACUUUCUGUCGAUUUAAUAACUUAAUACUUAAAUUCAAUAAUGAACACUACACUUGGGUAAGGCUGCGUUGCAUGAGGGAGGCGUUUGUCAAAGCAUUGUGUGUUCAUAUAGGGCAGGGAAGCCCUAAAUAAACAAGUGUUUGUUAU